UUUUUCCAUUUCAUUGUGUGCCGAUUAAGUGUUUCACUCUGGAAUUGCUAGUUUUCCCUUUGCCAUCUUUUGUGCUGCGAUAAUGGAACGCGGCUUUGGACAAAACCAAGUCCCUGGAAGUGGCAAUGGUGGUGAUGUUUGUCGGGGAGCAACUACUUCCCAAAAACUAACUAUAAUUGAUGCCGUAUCCUAUUUAAAGGAAGUCAAAGUGGCGUUUAUGGACCAAGUGGUGAAGUAUGACAUGUUUUGUGAAAUCUUGAUAGAUUUCAAGGCUAAAAGGGUUAACAUUUAUGAUGUCAUAAAAAGGGUGAAGGAGUUAUUCAAAGGGCACAACAAUUUGAUUUUGGGAUUUCAAACUUUUCUGCCAAAGGGUUAUAAGAUAACAUUUGACAAGGAUGAGGCUCCUUCGAACUUUGGACAAAACCAAGUCCCUAGAAGUGGCAAUGGUGGUGAUGUUUGUGGGGGAGCAACUACUUCCAAAGAAGUGACUGCCGCUGAUGCCUUAUCCUAUUUGUGGGAAGUCAAAGCAGCAUUUCAGGACCAAAGGGAGAAGUAUAACAUGUUCAUUGAGAUCAUGAAAGAUUUCGAGGCUCGAAGGAUUCGCACUAAUGCUGUCAUAACAAGGGUGAAGGAGUUAUUCAAAGGGCACAACAAUUUGAUUUUGGGAUUUCAAACUUUUCUACCAGAAGGUUAUGAGAUAACAACUGACAAGGAUGAUGCUCCACCAAAGUAAAUAAUUGAAUUUGAAGAAGCAUUCAGUUUGUUGAAUUUAGAAUGAUGCCUUAGGAAAUGUAUUGAAUUGAGAGUUUAAAAGACUUUUUUGUGAUAAAAAAGUCUUGUCCAUUCAAUAAAUAAAGACUUUUAA